CCCCCAAAAAACAAAAAACAAAAAACAAAAAACAAAAGACCAAAAACCAGAAACGACGAAGAAGAAGAAGAAGCCAAAAAGUUUCGAGUUAACCUAUUAUACUCCGUCGCCCUGGGACUGGACCGAGUCGACCCAGCUCUGAAUCGGCCCCCAUGGAUCCUACUCGAGCCUUCGUCAAGAAUGUCAGGCGCGUCGUGAUCAAGGUAGGGACAGCUGUUGUUACAAGGGAUGAUGGAAGAUUGGCAGUCGGCAGAGUUGGUGCUAUUUUUGAGCAACUUGAAGGACUGAAUGCUCAAGGCUUUGAAAUCAUUUUAGUGACUUCAGGUGCUGUUGGAGCUGGCCGUCAGAGGCUCAAGUAUAGGAGAUUAGUCAACAGCAGUUUUGCUGAUCUCCAAAAACCACAAGUUGAACUUGACGGAAAGGCUUGUGCAGCUGUUGGACAGAAUGGUCUCAUGGCACUUUAUGACAAUUUGCUUAGCCAGCUGGAUAUAACAUCUUCCCAAAUUUUGGUGACGGAUAAUGAUUUCAAGUCUCGAGAUUUCAGAGUCCAGCUAUCUCAAACUGUGAAUUCAUUGUUAGCUCUCAGGAGCAUUCCUAUCUUCAAUGAAAAUGAUGCAAUAAGUACUAGGAGAGCUCCAUAUGCGGAUUCUUCUGGAAUAUUUUGGGAUAACGACAGUUUGGCAGGUCUAUUGGCUCUUGAACUGAAAGCUGAUCUUCUUGUUUUGCUGAGUGAUGUAGACGGUCUGUAUAGUGGCCCUCCAAGUGAUCCACGUUCGAAGCUAAUCAAUACAUACAUAAAAGAAAAACAUGAAGGAGCAAUUACCUUCGGAGAUAAGUCCAGGGUGGGAAGAGGGGGUAUGAAUGCUAAAGUAAAAGCUGCUCUUAACACCGCUUGCUCCGGUACUCCAGUUAUAAUUGCCAGUGGCUUUACUGCUGACAACAUCACCAAAGUACUAAAUGGAGAACGUGUUGGUACUCUCUUUCAUCAAGAUGCACAUUCGUGGCUUCCUCUAACUGAUGUUGGUUCACGCGAAAUGGCAGUUGCAGCACGCGAAUGUUCGAGAAAACUUCAGGGUCUAUCCUCCGAAGAUAGGGCAAAAAUUUUGUUUGAUAUAGCUGCUUCAUUGGAAGCAAAUGAAGGCUUAAUCAUGGUUGAAAACGAUCUUGAUGUUGCUGCUGCAGAGAGUGCUGGAUAUGACAGGUCAUUGAUAUCUCGUUUGGCUUUGACUCCUUGGAAGAUCUCCGGACUUGCAAAAUCUAUACGUACACUUGCGGAAAUGGACGAACCUGUUGGACAAGUUUUGAAGCGAACAGAGCUUGCAGAAGGACUGGUCUUAGAGAAGACGUCUUGUCCUUUGGGGGUACUAUUGGUUGUUUUUGAGUCUCGACCAGACGCACUGGCUCAGAUAGCUUCAUUAGCCAUUCGAAGUGGUAAUGGUCUCUUAUUGAAAGGAGGGAAGGAAGCAAUGCGCUCAAAUACCAUCUUGCACAAGGUAAUUACUUCAUCAAUCCCAGACACUGUUGGGGCAAAACUUAUUGGACUCGUGACUUCAAGAGAAGAAAUUUCUGAUUUGCUCAAGCUUGACGAUGUGAUAGACCUCGUAAUACCAAGAGGCAGUAACAGACUUGUUUCCGAAAUAAAGAAUUCGACAAAAAUUCCGGUACUUGGUCAUGCAGAUGGAAUAUGCCAUAUUUAUGUUGACAAGUCGGCUAAUAUGGAUAUGGCGAAGCGCAUUGUCUUGGAUGCAAAGAUAGAUUAUCCAGCAGCCUGCAAUGCAAUGGAAACACUUCUUGUGCACCAUGAUUUGUCAACUAAUGGUGAACUUCAGAAGCUUGUUGACGAACUUCAACUUGAAGGUGUUACCCUUUAUGGUGGACCAAAAGCCAGUUCCUUAUUAGAGAUUGAAGAGGCACCAUCGUUUCACCAUGAGUACAGUUCGAGGGCUUGCACAGUCGAAAUUGUCAGCGACGUGGGUGCUGCCAUUGCUCACAUACAUAAAAAUGGAAGUGCGCAUACCGAUUGUAUUGUUGCAGACGACAGUGAAGUUGCUGAAGUUUUCCUACAUAAUGUGGACAGCGCUGCAGUUUUUCAUAAUGCAAGUACUCGAUUUUGUGAUGGAGCCCGUUUUGGGCUAGGCGCCGAGGUUGGGAUAAGUACGAGCAGGAUUCAUGCACGAGGUCCAGUAGGAGUUGAAGGGUUGUUAACAACACGAUGGAUUCUAAGAGGUAGCGGCCAAGUUGUCGACGGUGAUAAAGGGGUCAUAUACACCCACAAGGACAUCAGCCUCGAGUGAUGUUACUGCAGCAAGAGUUCACGCUCGUGACAGCGUUCUCAUUUUGUGUCCAUUGUGGUGUCUCAGCCUGUUGGUUUCUUUUGACCUCAUGAUGUCUCUUUUUACUCACCAUGCCAACAAAUGAUGGCCAGGGCAGUUUUUUUGGAGCCUUUGAAAGAGUUGGCUGUGGCAGAAAUAAAGACAGCUUUGAUGUGAUUCUUGCUCAUUUAUUCAGGGGAACGUCAAUUUUACGCUCUC